AUGACAAUUGAAGCUAAAUGGUGGAAAGAAGCCGUUGUUUAUCAAAUUUGGCCUGCUUCAUACAAAGAUUCAAACAGUGAUGGUGUUGGCGAUAUUCCAGGGAUUAUUUCAACUUUAGAUUAUCUUAAGGACUUAGGUGUUAAUGUUGUUUGGUUAAGUCCAAUGUACAAAUCUCCAAUGGAAGAUAUGGGUUAUGAUAUUAGUGAUUAUGAAGAUAUCAAUCCAGAUUUUGGUACUUUGGAUGACAUGCAAAAUUUAAUUGAUGGUUGUCAUAAACGUGGUAUGAAAAUCAUUUGUGAUUUAGUUAUCAACCACACUUCUGUUGAACACGAAUGGUUUAAAGAAUCUAGAUCCUCAUUGGACAACCCAAAGAGAGAUUGGUAUAUUUGGAAGAAACCAAGAUAUGAUGCAGAUGGUAAUAGACAGCCACCAAACAAUUGGAUGUCUUAUUUCUCUGGUACUACUUGGGAAUAUGAUGAAAAAACUGGUGAAUAUUACUUGCAUUUGUUUGCUAAGGGCCAACCAGAUUUGAAUUGGGAAAACAAGGAAUGUCGUGAAGCAAUCUACAAAUCUGCUAUUAAAUACUGGUUAGACAGAGGUGUCGAUGGUUUCAGAAUUGAUACCGCUGGUAUGUAUUCAAAACAUCAAGAGUUCAAAGAUGCGCCGGUCGUGUUUAAAGAUCAGAUCUACCAGCCAUGUAAGAUCUACCACCAACAUGGUCCAAGAAUUCACGAGUUUCAUAAAGAAAUUGCUGAGCUCAUGGAAUCAUGUGAUUGUAUGACUGUUGGUGAAGUUGGACACUCUACCAGGGAAGAAUCUUUAAAAUAUGUUGGAGCAUCAAGAAAAGAAAUGAACAUGAUGUUUGUUUUUGAUGUGGUUGAAGUUGGAUCUGAUCCAAGAGACAGAUUCCGUUACAAUGGUUUCAAUUUGGUUGAUUUCAAAAAGGCCAAUCAAAAUCAAAGUGAUUUUGUUAAAGGUACUGAUGCUUGGUCUACUGUCUUUAUUGAAAACCACGAUCAACCAAGAUGUAUCACCAGAUUUGGUAAUGACAAGGAAUACCGUGUUGAAAGUGGUAAGUUAUUGGCCAUGUUAGAAGCAUCCUUAACUGGUACUUUGUUCAUUUACCAAGGUCAAGAAAUUGGUAUGACUAAUGUACCAAGAUCCUGGCCAAUUGAAGAGUACAAAGAUAUCAAUUCUCUCAACUACUACAAUGACUUUAAAGAGAAAUAUGGAAAUGAUCCAGAUUUCAAAGAGAAGGAAGAAAAAUUAAUGGAUGUUAUUAAUUUACUUGCCCGUGAUAAUGCCAGAACUCCAGUGCAAUGGACCGAUCAAGAAUUUGCUGGAUUCUCUGACAGCAAACCAUGGAUGAGAGUUAAUGACAACUAUAAAGAAAUCAAUGUAGCCAAGGAAAUUGAUGAUAAGGACUCAUUGUUGAAUUUUGUCAAGAAGAUGCUUCAAAUAAGAAAAGAAUACAAGGAUUUGUUUGUUUAUGGUGAUUUCAAAAUGGUGGACCUUGAAGAUAAGCAAUUGUUCAAAUUUAUCAAAUCCAACGGUAACCAAAAGGCAUUUGUUGUCUUGAAUUUUUCAACAGACGAGGUUAAUUUCACUCACACCGAUGGUAAACUUUUAGUAUCCAACCAAGAACCUAAAGAAGGGGUAUUGAAACCAUAUGAAGGUAGAAUCUACAUAGAAUAG